UCCCAUCUCGUCCAACUUCAAUCCAUCUCUCUCUCUCAUUAUUCAUAAGAAAAAUCAUGUCUUUGCAAAUGAAUCCUACUGCAACAAACCCAAAUCCAAUUUCCCACAAAACAAUGUCCAGGCAAAAGACUGCAUGUAAUUUCAAACCCAUUUCAUGCAGAACGGCUGUGCAAAGAGGGAGCAAGAGUAAUUUUUACCAAGUGCUUUCGCUGGAUAAUUCAGAGAGCGUAGGGUUUGAUGAGAUAAAGAAGGCGUACAGAAGAAUGGCGCUUCUGUAUCACCCUGAUGUUUGUCCUUCUUUGGCCAAAGAAGAAUCCACAGAAAGAUUCGUUGAGCUUCAGCAGGCUUAUAAAACAUUGUCCGAUCCUGUUUCUCGUACAAUGUAUGAUUAUAAGAUUGUUUUUGACGAUUCUUUAGGGCCGCUUUGUGGUGAAGAACGGAGGAGGAGAGGCUGUUUUCCGAAGAAGGUUUGGGAAGAACAACUCUAUGGACUGAAGCAACAGUUUCGAACUAGAAUGGAGAAGAAGAGAUGCUAAUGUAUAUGAAUUGGAGAGUGAAAACUUUGCAAUUGUUAGAUUCUAAUUGAGUCCAUG